AUUCAAAGGGGACAUUUCGAUGCAUGUUUCUUGAGCUUGAGUUUGAAAAUUUGAAAAAAUUAUUCUCAUGCAAAUUUUGCAGGGAUCAUCCAGAGGGUGGUGGACACAAAAAUUGUUGGGAUGCAGUCAAAUUAAAGCUGUCAUUUGUCUUUAAUCUAAUUGUAUUAUAUUUUGUCCCUCUUUACCGGUUUGAUCUUCCUCUAGUUUAAGUCAGUGUCACAAUAAUAGUGAUCGCCUUUAAAUUGACCCGUAGGCAACUCAAGUCACUCCAUCUAGUAACAAUUAACCUGCAGCAAAGACAAAAACUUUUACAUUUUUUUUAAAUCCUGGCUCCUCCCCCCCAUUUGAUUGUUUCCAGCCCCCUUCAUGUCCAAAAAUACAAAGGCCAACGUGUUGACCCCAGGCUCCAACAUAGCUCAGAAAGCUCCCUGUGCCGAGGCAGCGGGGGGAAAAGCAUCCAGCAAACACGUAGCGGUUCCACCGGUCGUCUGACACUUCAACCGGAUCCCUCCGAAAGGUUAGUUUGAUCAUUCCUGGGCUCCUGCGUGCACCGAGAACCCGAUCUGCCAGCGACGUCCCUGAUCUCUUUUCCAAAGAUGACAUUGUGCGUGAGUUUUCCAGCGACUUAUAAAUAACACCUGCUUCGCCCAGAUGAGAGGAGAGGGUGAGAGCCGGCGCACACUGAGAGAAGUCCUCCAUGGAGCUUGAUGGGACUUUAAUGAGUGAGAAAGAUUUCCAUGGAACACAGCUGAUUGAAUUUUGAGGACGUGAAUCGUAGAAGAAGAUACUGUAAAAAGACUGAAGGUUGGGUUUCUGAGCUCUGCACCAAACACCCCAUUACUCAUCCGACCUCAGGGGUGGUGAGGGUCACUGAAGAAGCCAUGGAAGAAGCCACGCAGGGCGUUCAGGAGGUGCCGGUCGGCGAGGCUCUGCUUGAGUUCAGGGCCACUUUGCAGGCAGCCGUGAAGGAGGUGCACGUGGACGUAAGUGCCUUCAAGCAGCGCAUAGAGCGGAGGAUCGAGGAGCAGUGCUUCUCCAAUGGACCCUUGGCCGAGGCGGUGAGCAGGCUGCAGGAGGAGAACCUGCAGCUCAGGUCCGAGCUGGAGGCCCUCAGCCGCAUUGUGGAGCGUCUCGCCGGGUCACGGGGGGACGGGAGUCCCGCCGACGUGAAGGCGGGGAAGACGCAGGGCGGUGUCGGGAACGGGAAACCGGCAGGAGAGCAGAGGGGACCGGUUCGCUCUGGAGGGUCAGAGAGUCAGUCCAUGUCCACGCACCCAUCGAGCCAGGCGGCGGCGGCGGCUGCUGCUGCUCCCAGCAGCACCCCAGCGCCUCCUCCAUGGAGAGCAAAGAGACAAGCAGAAAUGAAUGGCGGUGCAAAAGGAGAGAAACAUAUUGCCACAGCUGCACUAGCGAAUGGAAACGCAGAAAUCUCCCAUCAGCCUCCGACCGCCAUCACAAAACCGAGCACCGAGUCCUGUGCUGAGGCCGACCCCCCUGAGUACAGCGUGGAAAUCCCCAACGUGUCUGACCAGGAAGAAUCAGGCCUUCAGUCCAGACGCCACCAUCCCCUCUCUGCGAUGCUGAAACCCAAUUGUGACGCUCCGGCUGUCCCACAGUCUCCUGCCUCAGCACCCAAAGCCACACAGGAGUCUCACGCUGAACGUGACGCUGAUGAACUAAAGCCCCAUCUUCCUGUCACCGCCACGAAGACCAAACCCAGUCCAGAGGGUCUGGUCGCUACCAAACCUACCCAGCGUCCGGCAUUUGAGCCUAAAGCGGCCAGUCACUCUACACUAGAGACUCCAGCAGAGAUCAGUGAAGCCAGACCUUGUUUGCCGCUUUCGGCCGCGAGCAAACCCAACGCAGAGUCUGCAUCGCCCGAUACAACGGGGCCGACCUCGAGUCUUUCAGCACCACAAGAGCCGAUCGUCAAACCGGGGGAAUAUCCCUUUAAGCGAGUGCCAGUUCUCAAGACGCCCAGUCCCAGUCUGAAGAGAAGUGUGAGCUUUCCUCAGCCUGCAGAAAAACUACUUCCCUCCAAAUCAAUCCUAAAAUCUGGUUUCUCACCAAGUUUGGACAAGAAGGUGACCAAGGGAGGGGGGUUUGAGUUCAAACAGGACGUGAUGAAGUCCCAAACGCUUCCGCGCUCCAACGGGGCUCAGGCCAAGAGGGCCCUGUUUGAGAGGAUGAACUCCGAGCCUGUCAAACCGAAGGAUUCCAAACCUAAACUGAAGCGCUCUCAGAGUUUUGGAGUUUCCAGCGCCAGCGGUAUAAAACAGAUUCUGCUGGAGUGGUGCCGCUCAAAAACCAUCGGCUAUCAGAACAUAGACAUCCAGAACUUCUCGUCCAGCUGGAGUGACGGGAUGGCUUUCUGUGCUCUGGUUCACUCCUUCUUCCCUCUGGACUUUGAUUACAACACGCUGGACCCCGCGAACCGAAAACACAACCUCCAGCUGGCCUUCACCACCGCAGAGGAGCAAGCUGACUGUCUCCGUCUGAUCGAGGUGGAGGACAUGAUGGUCAUGGGGGACAAGCCCGACCCCAUGUGUGUGUUUACGUACGUCCAGUCCCUCUACAACCACCUGAAGCCGUUUGAGUGACCGCGGAUCAGAGCGGACGACCCGGUCCAGAUGUUAUGACACCUUGAGUGAGCACAACAUUGGCCUCUGGCCAAGCCAAAUUAAAUAGAGGACCACUGUCAAAUCCCACAAACGUAGACGUUAAUGUUUUAUUCGGCCAAAUCUGUUUGUACUGCACUUGUGCGUUCACCAGAUUUCCCCUUUGUCUUUUGAAUUUGCGGUUGACUGACACUGAUCCUUAAAAUAUAGUUUCUUAUAACAUGCAUUGUGACAUGUGAGGUUUACAGGAUGGAUGAUGGUUUAUUACAAUGCUGUAAUUUAAGAAGGGAGGAUUAACCCUCUUUUUAAAACUAGCUGGUGAUAGAUCGCAGCUGCUGUUGACCAAUCAUUGUUUGGCAACAUGAGAAAUAUUUACAAUACAAAUAGUUGUGAAGAAAAUAUGCGCAAAAUAAAUAACAUUCUCUUAUAAUUUUCAUUUUUAGAGACAGUAGUUGGCAUGAGACUAACAAAGACUGCAGGUAAUUUUUGGUAGCACUUUCUAUGAUGCUAUAUAUUAUUCAAUACAGAUCAUGUUUGACAUUCUGCUCAUUGUGCUUGAUUACAAUGCUUUAUAACAAUAGUGCUUUUAUAAUGACAUAAGGUCAAUCAUCAUAAUAAAUGAGGAGUUGGAGGAAUUGGAGUAACUUAUAAUUGUAUGAAACUGCAUAAGAGCAGAGACAAUAAUAAUUUUGUUCUUUUAUAUGAGGUUUUUGGCCAACAUGGCCCAUUCAAUUUUUUAUUUUAUGUUUUCCAGUGUCAGAAAUAACAGGUCAAUUGAACGAAGCUCCACGCUGUUUUACAAUGUAUGUUGCCAUCUAGUGGUACAAUGCACGUGGUGAAGAUCGCCACAGAAUGUUUUUUAAAUGUAUUUUAGUUAACACAUGUUAUUAAUAUUGACUGUCAUUCCCCCAUCCCUGCAUUUGUAGUUGUAUAAUGUAAUAAAUUACCCCCUGAUAAAUAUGACAUAA